AUGAGUAACCCGCGGCCGAAUUUAAAUAAUUUUCUUAAUUGGUAUACUGAACGUAAAGUGAAAACAAGACGAGAAAUGAGAACUAAAGCUUUGGAAUGUUGGCAGCCAAUUGUAAAAGCGAUUGUGGACUACGUGAAGAGAACAGAUGAUCGUUUCGCCUCUCUGCGUACUUUCCCCACCGGGAGCUAUUACGAAGGAACAAAAGUUAAAGAGCCCAACGAGUUUGAUUUGAUGCUGGUCAUGGAGGAUUUACCUGUUCGUUACAUUGGUUACAGACCCAAAGGAAACAGCGCAACAGAUUAUACACCAUUAGGUGAGUGCAUCAGGUUUAUUCGCUUUUUUCAAUUCACCAAGUUAAUCAUGUGUUCUUCAUCAACUAGCUUUUCCAAUCGUGUCCAGAGGCAACGAACAGUUGGAUUAGCGAGCACGUGCCAUAUCCGCUAAUACCCUCUAUGAUUUGUCACAUCUUGUUCUAAAACAUGGGUGUAACCAGCGAAGUAAUCGAUAGUGUCUUUUAGUUAAAACUAUCAUUAAGUGAAAUUGAUGUCAAGUCACAUCGACAAAUGGCUUUUACUUUCAGCGAAGCGCUCAUAUAUAGAACCGCACCCAAUAACAACGUAAACAUCCAUAGAUAUAUAGUACGAAAUUAAUAUAGCCCCAAUUAUGCGCCAAUUAUAGUAUGUCGAAUGUAGGUAGACCUUGUCACGGUUUUGGAAGCCAUCUUGACGACUAGGCAACCUCAUGAGAAAUUACAGUGUUUUUAUAUGAUAAUCUAAUGUCGAAUAAUUUCCGUAAAACGGCUGUUCUGAAAACAAUAUGAAUUGGGACCUAAAGCUACAAAGCAACGGAUUGUACUAAAAAAUCUUGGUGGCGAACCUGUGCUUAAAUUUCUCCAGAGGCUUGUUUUAGAUUUUCCAUAUAUUUGUCUUUAAUUUUUCCCGGGGCUUUCUUACAGACUGCAUAUGUACACAGGGUCUGGAAGGGGGUGUCCGGAUCUCGAAUCACGGGUUAAAUUUCCGUACAUUCACGAAUCACGUUUCCCCUUUUGGAGUCAUUUCACGAAUCACGUGAUUAGGUAACGAACUGAUCAAGUCCAUCAAUUAUUCUUAGCUUAGUGGUUGCUGGACUACUAUGGGCAAGAGUUAUUGACGAACGGGAACGCUUACUAUUUGUGUACCGUACAUGAGGUAGUAACCUUUCUGUAUGCCAUGCGAUUGGGCACGCAAAGUCUGUAGGUUUUCGGUUUUAUUCGGCUAUUUGACGAAGUGAAAGCCGAAUUAGUUCGAGAUAUCUCGAGAUUACUUCGAUUUCUUUGAUUUAUUCUUUAAAUUUUUUGAGGAAGAAAGAAUUAUUAUUUUGACUUUCCCGCGGUUUGAAGCGACUCACCUGUGUGACCCGUCAGAUCAGAGGAGACUCUAAGUUGAGGGAUUAGCCGAUUGCGCUACUGGAACCCAAGGUUAUUCGGCAUAUGAAAAAUAGUUAUGAAAUGAUGCACUAUUUAGUUUCGGGAAAAGAUUGGGCGUGCAAGUUCGUGACUUUUCGGCUUGUUUCGGCUAUUUCACGAAAUGAGACCGGACUAGUAUGGUGGCCUAGAGACACGAAAUUUCUCUUCGAGUGUUGAAAACCAUUUCACGAGUGAGCCCUCCUUUCGAACUGUUUUAUGAUGAAUUUAAAGUUACAAAAUGCUGCACAAAGACAUUUUGUCUUUGUUGAGUGUUACGUAGUAAAAUCAUGCGUUGCGUGACUUUCUCGAACGUUCUGUACGUUUUUGGAUUUUUCAUGAAUAAUUUAUUAGGGCAUUUUUAUAUUUCAGAAUGAGUCAGCAGAUUUGCUUCAGUUACUGAAAUCAUAAAAUAUGUCGAGAAGCUACUACUAUUCGCCUGUGUAGUAUUUUCUAGAACCUUAUGUCAAACGGUAUACAAGUUCCAAGUUAAUUCUUUUGAAGAACUAAUUUUUUUCCCACGAGCUGGACUGCUGUGUUUAGUCAAGUGUGACGAAGGUCGAUUUUCAAGUUCUGUUCGAUUUGCCUGAAGCCGUAAGAUAUCUGAAGUUCAAGUGAGAGUUUGUUAUUAUUGGCAGAGGUUGUUUAGUUUUACUUAAGUUCAAGUCAAGUUUGUGUUGGCUAUGUUCCUCUGGUAUUAAACUUCCUUGUGUUAAUCCGACAUCCCUGCGUGCUGAUAGUCAGUGAAUAAUUAUCCUCAAAACAUUCGAACUCGGAACAUUAAGUUUUAGCCAAUUCCAUGCGCAACGUAAUUGACUCCUUACCAAUGCCUUACAUAUCUUUAAUCAGUACAUGAGAUUGCUAUGCUGUUUUUUAAGCCUGAUGUGACUAAGAAAAAUAGAGAAUUGUUAUUCACCGCCAGUAACCCCAUAUUUGACUUAGGUCUAAACGUUUAGAGCCAAGUCAAAUGUAUGUCGGACCCGAAAUGGGGUUCCUGUGGUGCGUGUGUGACGUAAGCCGAACCGGUCGGGACCGGUUUUGGCACUAGAACACGAGGAGAAAAAGAGCGAGCGAUCUUGUGAGUACGAGCGAGUUUAUCAAACGAGAAACGAAUAAAUUUUGUUGGAAUCAUCGCAACAAAAGGUGGCGACCCUGCCAGGACACCUGUGAUUCGAGAAAGUAACAGCGAGCGGCGAGAAGUGAGCGACGAGAGGAAUUUUACAUGUAAACACAGCGAAGAAACACCGAAGUCAACAACAUGAGCGCCGAAGGCGAAAUCAAAACAAUGCAGGAGAAGAUUCAAGGUAAACUGAAAAUGCUUGAAUUUACAGCGGGAGAUACAGCGAAAGUAAUCGAGACCGGAGACCUGAAGACAAUUGAGAGGCAUGGAAGCGCACUGGAGCACGUUAUUGACAAAAUACAUCAGCUCAAAUUGGAAGUUCAGGAGUUGCGUAUUGAAAGUGGGAAUGACCCUGUAGAGGUCAGACUUUGGACCGAAACUUUAGAAAGCCAAAUCAGUAAAUUUGAGGGAAUUCUUAAAGAAGUGGAAUACGUAGCUGCCGGUAUUAGAUCAAUCGAAGAGGAAAAACGCGAGGAAGAGAAACGGAAACGGAAUUUGGAGGAAAAGAUUCAGCUUGAAAAGGCUAAACACGAAGCGCGAGCGAGUCUUGAGAAAACGGCGAAGGCAUCCACGGAGGAAUCUGGGAAUUUGAGCAGUGUCGGAGCGAAAUUGCCAAAACUGGAGAUAACUAAAUUUCAAGGGACUUUCCUGGAUUGGAUGAGGUUUUGGAAUCAAUUCGAAACUGAAAUCGACAAGGCUAAACUAACUCAAGUUGCUAAGUUUUCUUACCUGAAGGAGUUACUAGUACCCAGUGUCCGCGCGUCCAUUGACGGACUCCCUUUCACGACGGAGGGUUACGAAAGGGCCAAAGCUAUAUUGAAAACCAAGUAUGGUAAACCCAGUGAGGUAGCAAACGCACAUAUGCAAUGCAUAAUUGGAUUAUCCACAGUUCAUGGUGGACACCCAGCAAAAAUCCAUGAUUUCUACGAGAAGCUAACAAGUCACAUACAAGUGCUAGAGACCAUGGGCAAGGUUAACGAAAUAGGAGGGUUUGUGCGUGCGACGCUUGAUAAAUUACCUGGAAUCAGAGCGGAUCUGGUACGUCUAGACGAUAACUGGCAAGAGUGGGGAUUUGCAGAGCUAAUCGAAUCCCUGAGGAAGUGGUGUGACCGUAACCCUAUUGUCAGCGAAACCCUUACACCUGAACCGCCGAAGCCUGACCUGCGAAGUCGUUAUCCUCCGAACCGUGACCCGCGAAAUCGCUUCCAAGCAAGGAAAAAUCCUGCUUACCAGACCAAAGAUGAGAGUGCGAAGGUGGGGCGUAACUGCAUCUAUUGUAAUGGCGAGGAUCACAGUUCCACCCAGUGCAAGAAAGUCCCUGGCUUGCACCAGCGCAGGCAGAUCUUGAGUGACAAGAAACUAUGCUUCAACUGUACAGGAACAAGACAUCAAGCACGGGAGUGCCACAGCAAGUACACUUGUCAACAUUGCGGUGGCAGACAUCACAUGUCUAUUUGUGACAGGCUGCCUAGCAACAGUCAAAUGAUGUUGGCAACUGGUGAGGGUUCUGUAAUUUAUCCGGUGGUAGUGGUGUUCGUCGAUGGGAUCAAAUGCAGAGCAUUACUAGACACAGGUGCGGGUAGUUCUUAUGCGUCAGCGGCUCUGAUUGAACGGCUUAACAAGCGACCAACUCAUAUCGAACAUAGACAGAUUGACAUGAUGCUUUGCUCAACAGUUCAAAAGGUACAAGGGUAUUCAGUAACGGUUAAAAGUGUUGAUGGGAAGUUUGAGAUGAUGACGAAGAUCAAUAAGGUGGACAAGGGUGUUCUACUUACAGUCCCAAAUCCGAAUUAUGGAGAACUGAUCAGCAAGUAUCGUCACCUGCAGGGAGUGGUCAUGGAUGACGAUGACAAGAAGAGUGAGUUACCCAUUCAUGUGAUACUCGGCGCCAGCGAGUACUCAAGGAUCAAAACUGAGACGAAACCUAGAAUUGGUCAGCCGUCUGAGCCCAUUGCUGAGUUCACUAUGCUGGGGUGGACGAUGAUGUCCACAGGGAGAGAAGCCGCGCUAUCCAACGUUUAUUUGACGAAAACAUCGGCAGCGGACUACGAACAACUCUGCUCUUUAGAUGUUUUAGGACUCGCAGAUAGACCAGAAGCAGACCAGCAAAACGUGUUUGCCGAAUUCUCUGAGCAACUGAACCGAAGUGACGAAGGUUGGUACGAAUCGGGUUUGCUAUGGAAGCCGGGUCACGAUCACUUGCAAUCGAACGAACGCGGAAGUAUCAGGAGACUACAAGGUCUAGUGAGGAAGUUGCAGAGAGAGCCUGGUCUGAUAGACAAGUACGAUGAGAUCAUCCAAGAGCAACUCACUGAAGGGAUAGUUGAGAGAGUUGUAGACGAGCCAAACGAGAGAGUAUUUUACAUCCCUCACAAACCAGUGAAAAAGGAAACUGCCGUGACCACAAAACUCAGAAUUGUAUUUGACGCAUCGGCUAAGCCAAGUGAAGAUAGUCCGUCGUUAAACGAGUGCUUAGAAACGGGGCCUCCCUUGCAGAAUCUGUUGUGGAACGUUCUUGUGCGAAAUCGCCUAAAGCCAGUAGCCUUAGCAGCUGACAUCAAACAAGCCUUCUUACAAGUACGCAUAAGACCUGAAGACCGGGAUGCACUACGUUUCCACUGGCUCAAGAACAAGGACCCUUCGGUUAUUGAAGCCUUGAGAUUCACGCGAGCGCUCUUCGGGUUGGUCCAGUCGCCAUUCUUGUUGGCGGGAACACUAAAGUUGCACUUGCAAAGCCUAAGAGAGAAAUACCCAGUGGAGGUAGACGAGAUCUUGAGGAGUCUAUACGUUGAUGACGUCAUCACGGGGGGCAACACCAAAGAAGAGGUUCAGGACCUGAAGAAGACGAUCAUAUCAGUGUUUGGGGAUGCUAAGUUUACCAUGCACAAGUGGAACUCCAACGAGCCUCAGCUAGAGAGUGAGAAUGUUGUUCCGGUGCACGAGCCUCAGCUAGACGGUGGGAAUGGGGUGCCUGUUGACGAACAGCAGAGUUACGCAAAGCAACAGUUGGGAGUUAAGGAAGGUGAAUCCAAGAUAUUAGGUUUGCCGUGGAACAAGAGAGAGGACACAAUUGCAGUGACUUUCCCUGAGGAACCUGUUGAUAACACUAAGAGAGGAAUGCUACGAUUCUUAGCUGCGGUGUACGACCCGCUUGGUGUAGCGUCGCCCACAACAUUAGUGGGAUAGCUUCUAUACCGCGAAGUAUGCGACAGUCGACUACCGUGGGAUGAGAAACUGUCAGACAGAAUUGGACAAGAGUGGCUGACGUUUGUGAGGAGCCUCCCCAACAAGGUUGAAGUACUGCGGAGCAUACCAAGGUUCAAGGAGGCGAUCGAAGGAGUCCAGUUGCAUGUAUUCGGUGACACAAGUGGAGUUGGUACAUCAGCGGCCGUCUAUGCAGUGAUUACGCAAGCCUCCGGGGUGAGAAAGGGCUUAAUAGCAGCAAAGUCAAGAUUAGCAAAGAAGAAUCUUACAAUUCCAAGAUUGGAACUUGUGUCCGCUCACAUGGCCGCUAACCUCGUGGAGAACGUGAGAGUCGCACUUGAAGGAUAUCCAAUCAAGUCAGUCCAUGGGUGGAGUGACAGUACUGUCGCACUCCACUGGAUCAAGGGGGGAGGUACUUACAAACAGUUUGUGGCCAACAGAGUCCGCAAGAUCAACGACAAAGAUUACAUUGAAUGGAGACAUGUCGACUCCAAACACAACCCAGCCGACAUAGGAAGCAGGGGCUGCAAGGCAGAUCAGCUGUGUAAUGUGUGGUUGCCGGGACCACAAUGGUUGUCCAAGCCAGAGGAGUGGCCGGGAGACGUAGUGACAGAGCCUAACAAAGAAACGGAAGCAGAAGCUAAGCUUACUAAGGAGGUGUUUGCAGUGGCAGUGGAGGCGAGGGACGACUUCGAUGAAGUGCUGGAAAGGCAUACCUUCUGGCGAACGAUCAGAAUCAGUGCAUGGGUCAUGAGAUUCCUUCAAAAUUGCCGGAGCAAGAAGUGGAACCGAGUAAGCGGACCCUUGACAACAGCUGAGACGGAGAUACAGGUCAAGUGGUGGAUAAGGCGGGAGCAGCAGAGACACAGUGUAACAGACAAGUUUCUGGAAGACCAAGAAAGGCUCAACCUUCAGAAGAAUGACCAAGGAAUCUAUGUGUGCAGAGGAAGAAUUCAAGGACAUUAUCCGGUGUAUUUGCCACCCAGGGUAGUCUUAUCAGAAAAAAAAUGGUGCAAGACGCCCACAUCUUGACGCUACACGGGGAGUCGGCCUAACGAUGGCGCAUGUGAGACAAGAGUAUUGGAUUCCCCGUCUCCGGCAACUGGCGAAGAACGUGGUUAACCACUGCUAUGGGUGUAAGAAGUUCCAUGUGACAAAGCUCCAAAAUCCACCGCCUGGAAACUUACCAGUGGAUCGUACAGAGGGACAUUUCCGUUCCAAGUAGUAGGGUGGACUACGCCGGGCCCAUAACUUACAAGAUUUCGAAGAAGAAAGAAGGCAAGGCAUACAUUUUACUGUUCGCAUGCAGUCUAACGAGAGCGGUCCAUUUAGAGUUACUAACUGACCAGACCACUGCUGGUUUCAUCAGGUGUUUGAAACAUUUCAUUGCGAGACGGGGGAGGCCUACGAAGAUCUAUUCGGACAAUGGAAGAAGUUUUGUGGCUGCAUCCAGGUGGGUCAAGAGUGUUAUGAGGGCGGAGAAAUUGCAAGACUAUCUGGCCCACCACAACAUCCUUUGGCAGUUUAACCUCGCCAGAGCCCCAUGGUGGGGCGGUCAAUUUGAACGGUUGGUUGGAGUUGUGAAACAGUCAUUUUACAAAUCUAUGGGACGAGCGUACCUGACAUUCGGAGAGCUUGAAGAAGUUGUGCUUGAGGUGGAGGUGGCCGUCAAUAACCGCCCGUUAUCCUAUGUUGAAGAUGAUGUUGAACUUCCGGUGCUAACGCCAAACGUCAUGAUGCACGGGCUACCUAACCUCCUGCCAGAGGAGGAUGCAGAGUCAGUGGAGGAUGUGGAGCUACGUAAGAGGACAAGAUACCUCCGUCGCUGCAAGGACAUUCUGUGGUCAAGGUGGACUACAGAAUACAUCAGAAGUUUGAGGGAGAGACACAAUCUCAAACACAAGACCAAGGUACUGACACUGAAAGUUGGAGAUGUGGUGCUAAUUCAGAGUGAGGAGCGCAACCGUGGAAAGUGGAACAUUGGAGUUGUAGUGAAACUCAUCAAGGGGCGUGACGGCGUCGUCCGAGCAGCGAGGUUGAGAGCGGGGAAGUCCUAUUUGGAGCGAGCAAUCCAACAGCUAUGUCCAAUGGAGCUGUCGUGCGACGUACGGGACACACAGUUGAGAAAUUCGGUGCAGCUUAAUCCUCGAGCCAGAGAGUUUGCCCCUAGGCGGGCUGCUGUAGCUGCGGCGAAGCGGAUCAGAGAGAUUGCAGAGCAAGAGAACAAGUGAACACACCCAGGGACGAGUGGGGUCAUGAUCUGUUAGAACUGUUAAAUCUGUUAGAACUGUUAAGCCCAUGGAGCUGUAUGUUCGAUUUGCUCCUUUUGCGAGAACUGAUUCAGUGACUUGCGGAGUCACGAACUAUUAGAACGCUUUAAAACUGUUGCUGUUAUAUAAGCAUGGAGCUGUGUGAUUAUAUUUGCUCCACUUGCGUGCAUCAAAUAGGGGGAGAGUGUCGGACUCGAAAUGGGGUUCCUGUGGUGCGUGUGUGACGUAAGCCGAACCGGUCGGGACCGGUUUUGGCACUAGAACACGAGGAGAAAAAGAGCGAGCGAUCUUGUGAGUACGAGCGAGUUUAUCAAACGAGAAACGAAUAAAUUUUGUUGGAAUCAUCGCAACAUGUAGAAUUAUUUGUAUGGAGUCAUCAGAGCAUAACUGGGCUAAUAUCUCAGAGACCAUUUGCCCCGAAAUGCUAGUUUUUGGCAAGUAGGCCUCUUGGAUCUUACUCUUUUCAGAAUAUCCUGACAAAUCCCAUAAUUUCACAAAUUAACACCUUAGUCUUACCAUAUUUCAUUUCUUACUAUUCCUCCGCAGUUACAAUUAAUCAGUUCCACACUCCGAAGUGUACGCGCCAUAGCGUCUUUUUCGACAUUAGGGGUGCGUUCGAGUGGGAAACCUGGAGUAAGAUUUUAAAAUCCGGAUUUCGGAUUUGCAAUCGAACGCGAAAUCCGAAAAAGGAUUUCAACGCUGAGAUGUCUGUUUUUGGAUUUUCAUUUUUACCGUUCGAUUGGGAAAUCCGAAAAAGGAUUUUAAAAACUGUCUGUAAGAACAGUGGUCUUGCACGCGCACGUAUACUGAGCAAAAGGAAGACCACUGUUCACGAGAAUAGUUUUGCAAAUCCUUUUUCGGAUUUCCCAAUCGAACCGUAAAAAGGAAAUCAAUGAAAUCCGGAUUUGGAUUUCUCAAUUGAAAUCCACCCUGAGGACGGAUUUCUUAGAGGUGAAAUCCGUUUUCGGAUUUCGCGUUCGAUUGGGAAAUCCGGAUUUAGAUUUUGAAAAUCUAAAUCCGGAUCUCCCUAUCGAACGCACCGUAGAUUCUCAUACAAACUCUGUAAUUUCUCACGCGGUUGUCAAGAUGGCUUCCAAAACCGUGACAAGGUCUUUUACCCAAGACACUGAUAAAACGUACCUAAAAGCGUAUCCACUUUCUAAGCAAAGAGUUUUAUACAUCGGAAUUCCAUCGUGUUGUCUUUAUCUAAGACUUAUCUUCAAUACUUUUAUACUACUCGACAAAAUCAUAGUUCCAAUUAAACCUUGUGACAUCAGGCUUUAAAUGAGGUUAUGUUCCUUAUUUUUUUCUGUGUUGAGGAUUUGUUCGAGUAUCAAUCAAUAUUGAAGCUAACCGUCUUAAGUGGAAGCGUGAUAGCUGUCUCACACAGGAAAUGUUAAACGCUUCACAAGUUAAAGCAGUCUUAAGAAGGCUUGUUGGCGAAGCCAUUGUAAAUCUGGGUUUUAAUUCAAGGUAAGCAAACAAGACUCUUUUAAACAGAGGCGGACAAGCAUUCGUGCAUUAAAAAAAUAUAUAUGGCUCGAGAAAAGCCAUGCGCGCGCAGAACGCGUGUUCUCUUUCCUUGUGUGCAAUAGUCUCGUACCACUAUAGACCUCUUCUGGAACUACGCGAUUAUGCGCGCGUCUCACCGUCCUCCUUGCGGCUACGUUGGCUAAUAUUAAGCUAUUAAGCAGUCUCAUUAAGCUAUCUCAGUUUCCCAUAGCUUUAAACAAGAGAUACCAUAGUAGCCAUGGGCCUUUCUCAAAAAUGUAAUCCGCCUCGUGUUCCAGUAUAACCAUUAACAAAAAACGGCAAAAGCUUUACGUCAAGAAGGUAAAAAACGAGGGUUCUUCCUUUUUUACAGAUUGCUAAAUUACAGCUUUUUAGUUCAGGCUUUCCCUGCUCGCCGCUAGUUUGCUCUUAAUCCUCCGUUUUCGCCUUUUGCUGGGAGUUCAUUAGGCUUUUAUUUGUUCACUGGACAAAAUUGUUCAUCCCACUUUGUUGUGAAAGAUACAUGUUUUUUUGUCGUUUUUCCCUCAGGCCGACUAGAUUAAACCGCCAACAGUUGGUUAUCGAUUGAAAGAUCUAUUUCUCUUGCAUAAGUUGGGCGUUAAAGUCGUCUACGACAAUUAAAAGUUUCGGAGUGGAUGCCGAGCAGAAUAAUGAAUAAAGGAUUUGAAUUGAACUAUCAAAUGAAAAAAAAAAACGAUUAUUUUGGGUUACAGUCAAACCAGGUCAAGCGUUCCCGUCGCUAACGAACUAAUGAAUUCAUUCACGGAAAAAUGAUUUCGUUUGUUGAUUCAAUAAUCCAUUCAUAAAAUGAACAAUCCAAUAGUCAUAUUUAGCCUCGAUUCUAUAAUCGAAUGUUGAUUCGAUUACUGUUUUUUGAAAAAUUCCACUUUCCACAAGUUGACCUCAGAAUUUUGUUUUUUCCUCUUUUUUUUUCUGAGAGUCGAGUGCUGGCGAGUUCUGAUGUUCAAACCCAAACAAACUGUUACAUGUACGCCAGUUUGCUGCCAAUAAUCAGUGCAACAGACCUAGGCCUGACCUCUUAGAAAACACGACGGUCAAACUGAGGUCAGUGCCACGGUAUGUGCGGUGAUUGGUGGAUUUCGAUCCUCGGCCUUUGUCAGUUUCUUUGCGUUUGCGGUCUGUCUAUUCUAGCUGUUAUUUUGAUUAAAGGCAAUCAAAAACGCAAUCGUAAACGGCAGGAAAAGGGAAGCAAAUACGAUUGAACACAACAGACAAGAAUAAAGAACAGGUAGAUUUUGUUCAUAAACCAAAUCAACAUUUGAUUAUUGAAUCGAGGUACAAUUUGACCGUUGGAUUAUUCAUUUUAUGAAUGGAUUAUUGAAUCAACAAACGAAAUCAUUUUUCCAUUAAUGAAUUCAUUAGUUUGUUAGCGACGGGAACGCUUGACCGGGUUUGACUGUAAAGCAUCUCGAAUUAUGAAAACCACACGGUCAAGCAAAGAAAAAAACUCUUUGAACCGUGGUGGGAAUUGAACUCAUGGCCUCAGCGUUAGAUCUACUGUGGUUGAUCUGACUGAGCGAGAUGACCUGAUGCGGACAGGUCAGGGGAUACCAUUAUGGUAGUGAAGGGCGGCAAAGAGAGGAAAUGAAUGUUACUUUAAAAUGUUGAGCCGAGCAGCACUUGUAACUCAAAUGACAGAAGACGGAGUUAACUUAGCAUUUAAAUUUAACAGUCACGCAUAAUCUCAGAAAUUCCCACUGAGCGUUCGCGGGAGCAUAGCGAAUGAGGGAGCUCAGCUUGAGAUAAGAAAUUAUUUUUUAAAAAAUCUCGCUGCUAGUCAAACCCACGACCUCCGAAUUUGACACUGACAAUAAAAAGAUGAAUUCAUUCCCUGCUAAUUCCCAUUUUCAGAUUUGUUGCUGUUAAGUCAAAUGGUCCAGCAAUCACCCUGUACAUAACCAACACAAAUGAUGGCACAAAGUAUUCUGUAGACUUGACCUUGGCUAUCAAAUUCAUUGACUGGCCCGAUGAAGCUAUUGAGUGGAUUACAAGGCGACCGGGACCUAGCCUGGGUUUCUCCCGAGGUAAGCACAGUUUACGUAAUCUCCCGUAGCAAAAUGUAUCCUGGUGAAUUCCCUGUCGCUUUAUUUGUGUUGAGUAAACGAGUGCCUUUUUCCUUAUAUGUUUUCACUUUCAUGUUGCUAAUGAUUCGGUAAAUGUAGAUAGUCCUCCCUAUACAUACUCUCAGUUCUACAGAAGUUCGUUGCCCCUCUGAGGAUCCCCCCAGAUGACCACUGGGAUUAUCGUUUGAGCCAUGCAGAUGCAGAAACUCAUGUUCACAGGGAGAAUGCUCGUUUUAUUGGUAACAAUUGUUGUUAUUUUUCUACUUGGUAAUUUAGGUUGGCCUAAUUCACUGCUCUUACAAGAAAUUCGUGACGGUGGUUGUCAUCUUGUUGCAAAACAACCAAAAGGAGACAACAUUCCUGAAGAUGAAAACGGAAUUUUCUGGAGAUUUUCUUUCUCUGCAGCUGAAAAAAAGGUGUUUCUCCUCGGAGGCCACGGUGAAGCCAGCUCUUGCGGCAAACAGGUUUUAAGAAUUUUGAAGGCCCUGAGAGAGGAGUUGCAUCUUCAUCCAUUGACACCAUAUCACCUCAAAACCAUCUUCUUAGACGAAUGUGAAGCUUAUCCACAUCCAAACCAAUGGAGCUAUGAUAGUUUAAGUGAGAGAUUCGUCAGCUUUCUACAGAGACUGGAAGACUGUUUGAGACAGUUCAACUGCCCUCAUUACUUCAUGACACAUUUAAAUUUGUUCCAAUUCUUCGGUCGCCAAAGGUGUGAUGAAUUGGCUAAAAAAGUAAAGGAGAUAAUACUUCAUCCAGAGGAGGUCUUAAUAAACCUUAUCAAGUAA